AUGAUGUCAGAAUUUGCGUCUAUCACGCAUGCGCACAAUUAAAACGAGCAUGAUGCUGCUCGCUCGGUAAAUUACAAGAGUUGACAGCGUCAAAAGAGAAGCUGAACGCUGGUUGUUUAAAAUCGACUUGAAGCGCACGUAAGACCAGGACAAGCAGAAAAGUUAUUUAGUAUAUAAAAGCAGCACCGCGCGGACGCAUUUGCUUUUCCUUUUAUUAUUAUUUUUAGAGAUACAUGUUUACUCUUUCAGCAUGAGGAUCCCUAACAGAAAACUACACACGGCGGUGGACGGAGGAGACUCGGGCGUUUCAGCACACUUCAAAAAUCCUUUCGUACACGAGUUGAGAUUUACUCCUCUGCAGAAACUCAAGAUAGCUGUGAUGUCUGUGACACUGUUCCCUGUCCGUCUGCUCUUUGCUGCAUUCCUGAUGUUGCUGGCCUGGCCCUUUGCGUUCGUGGCUACCGUUGGCCGUUCUGAGGAUGCAGUUGAACCACUAUCCUGGUGGAGGGGGCUUGUAGAUCUGGCCUUAAAGGCCAUCAUGAGAGCCAUGUGGUUUUCCGGAGGGUUUCACUGGGUCCGUGUAAAGGGACGGCCGGCUCUGCCCAGUGAAGCAUCCAUCCUCACGAUGGCCCCUCACUCAUCCUAUUUUGACGCCAUCCCUGUCACCAUGACGAUGGCAUCAAUAGUGAUGAAGGCAGAGAGUAAAGACAUUCCAGUCUGGGGCACUCUUAUCAAGUUCAUUCGGCCUGUGUUUGUGUCACGCUCUGAUCAGGACUCUCGGAGGAAGACCGUCGAGGAGAUCAAACGCCGAGCUUGUUCUGAUGGCAAAUGGCCUCAGAUCAUGAUUUUCCCGGAGGGCACAUGCACCAAUAGAUCCUGUCUCAUCGCAUUUAAGCCUGGUGCGUUCAUCCCUGGCGUUCCUGUACAGCCUGUGCUGUUGCGAUAUCCUAAUGAGAUGGAUACAAUCUCAUGGACGUGGCAAGGGCCUGGAGCGUUUAAGAUUUUAUGGCUCACAUUAUGUCAGCUACAUAACUUCAUAGAAAUAGAGUAUCUUCCUACAUAUACCCCAUCAGAAGAAGAGAAGGAGGAUCCAGCCCUGUUUGCCAGCAAUGUGAGACGAAUCAUGGCCAAGGCACUUGGAUUGCCCAUUAUCGAUUACUCCUUUGAGGACUGCCAGCUUGCUAUGGCCAAAGGCCCUUUGCGUUUGCCCAGACACACCUGCUUGCUGGAGUUAGCCAGACUGGUACGAAGUUUGGGACUGAAGACGAGGGUCACUGAUGAAGUCCUGCAUGAAGAAGCCUCCAGGGCCCUUAAGAUGUGUGGAAGCAGGCUGGAUCUGGAGGGAUUUGCUCAGUACCUGAAUAAAUCCAUGACAGAAGCAGUCCAGGACAUCUUCUCUCUUUUUGAGGAGCAUGGGAAGAUGGAUGUGAGAGAGUAUGUCAUCGCCCUGUCAGUGGUUUGUAGACCUUUCAGAUAUCUGGAGACCAUUAAACUGGCCUUUGGGAUGUUUGAAGCACAGGAGGAUGGAGCAGUUGUAGAAGAUGAGCUGGCCAUCAUUUUGAAAACGGCUCUAGGCAUUGGAGAUUUUGCCGUUUGCGAUCUCUUCAGGGCCAUAGAUUGCCAAGACAAAGGGAAGAUCACAUUUGAUGAUUUUUGCCGGUUUAUGGAGAAUUGUCCUGAUUUUGUGGAGCAGUACCACUGUCUCCUUGAGCCAAUCCCUCAACACUCCAGAGAAUCCACUUCACCCUCAGAGUCUCGGCCUUCAACUAACGGCUUCUGUGCUGACUUCAGCCCUCGAGAUCCAAACACUCACAGUGCUGCACACAGCAAGAAACAGGACUAAAAGCAGCUUUUACUAUCACAGCCUGUCACCCUCAGUGUGGAAGGGUAUUUUUGUGUGCAUGUGUGUACUUCUGUGUGCAGGAGAGGUGAUGACAGACGCUAUCUUGAAGUUGAAUCGGAAUUUGCAUCUGGGUACAUUACCCCAGGGAUUUUUUUUUUUUUCAAGAGAUCUGUUCAAAAUCUUCAAG